CCGGUGCAGCCCUGUCACGCCCACAGCGCCCCCUUUCGGCCCGGACGGCCCACCACGCCCCGGCGCCUAUGAAAGGGUACCAUGUCAGCCGUAGCAUGUCCCAGCACUCCUCCGGUGGUGGCGGAGGAGGUCCCUGCCACUGCUCCCCUGAGGACUGUGACGGCCCAGGGAGGGACUACUACCAGGGUCACGAUGGCCACUUCUACCCUCCAGGAGGUCCGGCUGAGGCCUUGGCGCUAGAAAGGCAUCAUUCCCACUCUCACUCCCAUUCCCAUAGCCACUCUGGAGGGGGAACCUUCCCCCGCUCCCACCCCAGCCAGCACCCACCUCUCCAGUCGUUUGACUCUUGCGAAGAGUGCCUGUCCUCGGGACAUGGAGGGAAGAUGCAUCGCAUUCCUCCAAACCUGAUGGACCAGUUUGAGAAACAGGUGCCCUUUCAUCCCGAUGGCUUCCACACACUGCAGUACCAGCGUACCACCAGUGGGGGUGCUGAACAGCGAAGUGAGAGCCCCUCGCGUAUCCGCCACCUCGUUAACUCAGUCCAGCGCCUAUUUGCUAAGUCCCAUUCCUUGGAGGCUCCAUCUAAAAGGGAGUACAACGGCACAAGAGGAGGAGGGGACUACCGUGGAGAGAGGGGGGGAGGCCACAGGAGUGGAGGGGAGGAUGGAGGAGGCCACUACUCAGGCCACCAAUCCCGCUCUACCAGGAGGAACAAAUCUCGAGAGCGUAGCAAGAGUGGAGACUCACGACACGAAUCAGGUAGACGCCACCGCAGCCGGACAGCGGGGUGGUGGAGCUCUGACGACAACUUGGACAGUGACAGCAGCUUUCUUGUCAGUGGGGGCAGACGAGGGUAUCCCAGUGGACACGAGAGCCUGGAUGCAGCCAUCCAGGAGCUCACCAUGAAGAGGCCCAAGGAUCGUGGUGGUGGGCCUUUGCCUGGGGAGUGCAUGGCCUGUACCACGAUGGCUCUGGCUGGGAGUGAACCAGGAGGACACCAUGGGCAUCAAGGCCACUCUAUGAAAAGGAGCACCUGGUCUGCCAUGACCGUGAGUCAAGCCAGGGAGGUGUACCCUUCUAGGGGAUCAAGCUAUGAAAAAGCACUUGUGCCUGUGGAGAGUAAAAUGAAGGAGAGGACCUUCCACUACCUGCAGGUCCCGUCAGAAGACUGGGGCGGUGGGUAUGGUGGUGGCAAUGACAGCGGAGGGGAGAUUCCGUGUCGUCGCAUGCGGAGUGGCAGUUACAUCAAAGCCAUGGGUGAUGAUGACAGCGCUGACUCAGACACCAGCCCAAAAGCCUCUCCCAAGUCCACCCUGAUUGCACAGAGAGACGCCUUCAGACGCUCUAUCAGCAUGGAUCAAAGGUACUCAUGUAAGCAGUGUACAGACUCCUACCCCAACAGCCGCACUACACCCAAAACCCACACCCGCUCUCGUAGCUACACGCGCUCUCUGACCAGCUCACAGCUGGGCGACACGCUGAACCGUCAGUUUGAGGCGGUGUGUGAGACCAUGUUCGGGGAGGUGGAGUCUCAAGCCGUGGAGGCUUUGGAUCUUCCAGGCGUGUUCCGCACUCGCAGCCACAGCUAUGUCCGCGCCAUUCAGGCCGGCUGCUCCCAGGACGAUGACUGCCUCUCUGUGUUCUCCAUGUCCGGCCCCCAGGGAAGCAUCAAGGGCGGGGCCGUCUUUCCUUAUCGCAAAGGUGCUCCUCCCCCACUCCCACCUCGCAUGUCCAAGUCUUCACUCUCGGUGCGAGCCCAGAGCAGCACCGAGUCCACGCAGGAUGCCUACUUUCAGAGCAGCGGACAGUUGGUCCCAAGCUCAGGCCCAGGGCGCCCCAAGCAGCACAGCAACUCAGUGGACCUGGGCAGCUCUGACGGUCCCUCAGGUCGCUCCUCCAGAGGAGGAUACUACACCUCUAUGGGCCCUGGACGCUCCCGACAGCACAGUAACUCUGCAGAGAGCCUUGACGGGGUCAGGGGCUCUAGGGAGCUGGUCCCCUAUGGAGGCGGACCUGGGGUUGGUGUGAGGGCCAAACACAGCAGCUCUGCUGACAGUCUGCUGGAGGGACCACCCAGGCCAGCCAGGGAGAGGGACGGCAGGGCUGGAGGCAGCCUGGGGAAGUCCACCUCUCUGCCUCAAAACAGCAUAGUGCUGAGUAAAGCUGGGGGGCCAGAUGAUGGACGCAGGAAGUGGAGGCCAUCCAUAGCUGUGCAGGUGGACAGUUCAGAGACUCUGUCAGAUUCAGACACAGAGGCUAAAGCUCUCACAGAGGUCCACUCUAUAGGAGUCCAAGUGGAAGACGACAAAAGGCGGGCUCGUUUCAAACGCUCCAACAGCGUGACGGCGAGCGUGCAGGCCGACCUGGACCCUGAGGGCUUCCCAGGGCUCAGCAUCGCUGUGCCAACGCAGGACAAGAGUCUGCAGUUUGGCUGUUCCUUCCAAAGGCACUCAUCAGAGCCGGAGUCAGCUAGCCAGUACACAGAGUGCCACCGCACCGUCCAUACACAGGGACAGUGGGCAUACAGGGAGGACUUCAUCCAGAGUGGCUACACCACUGAGUCCAUCCAAACAGACCCACGGCCCCACCAGCAUCCACUCUUGCCUCAGCGUUCCCACUCCCCUUUGCCCAUCACCUCUGAGCGAUCCUGGGCGGGGACACCAUCUCUGGAGGGCCCCCGGAGCCUGCCUGACUCAGGCCGAGCCUCACCUUGCAUGAGAGAUGGAGAGUUCUUCCUGCGUCUCCUGCAGACUGAGGUGGAGAGGAUGGAGGGAUGGUGUCAGAACAUGGAGAGGGAAGCAGAGGAGAAUGAACUGCCAGAGGAGGUCCUGGAGCUAAUUCGAAAUGCAGUUGGCAGUGCCCAGAUGCUCAUGUCUCAGAAAGUCCAGCAGUUCUUCCGCCUCUGCCAACAAAGUGUGGACCCAUCAGCGUACCCCCAGCCCACCUCUCAAGACCUUGCAGGCUUCUGGGACCUUCUCCAGCUUAACAUAGAGGAAGUCAGGGUCAAGUUUCAGGACCUCCAGAGGCUCAAGGACUCUAAUUGGAGGCUCCCACCUGAAAAGAAGGAGGAUAAGAAGCUUCCUCCUCCCUUACCAAAGAAGCCGGCAGGCGGGGUGAGUGGCAGCCUCAGGGCUGAUAGCAGCGUGGAUGGGGGUGCCGGAGGUGGGUCAGGUGGGCUGGUGGUGCCUCGCAUCGGUGGACACACCCUGCCCAUCAGGAGAAGUCGCUGGACCUUGGGGACCGUCAGAGAACAGAAGCAAGGCGGAGGCCUGCUGCAGACAAAGCGCACUGCUUCUUUCAGGCAGAACUCGGCCACAGAGAGUGCCGACAGCAUUGAGAUCUACAUCCCCGAAGCCCAGACUCGACUCUGAACACUGGGGAGGGGGGGGGGGGGGCCUCCCAUCCACCUCCUCCUUUACCCUAACCCCUGCAAAGCAGACCUGGGCACCAAUCUCAGUCCUUCUCUGAGCCCAGUUUUGGAUCUUCUGUGGGUUAUUGCUUUUUAUCUGCUCCUCUCCUUUCAAUAUGUCUCCACAUAACAACAAAUUCACUUCUCUUGCUCAUUUAACAAGCAAUGACAGCCAUUUUAGUGUCUUGAAAUUUGGAUAUUUUACCGACACAGAGGCCUAGACCUGAAAUGGUAGCUAGCAGAUAUGAGCUGUAGACUUUUUUAAGAAUUCUCUGGAUUUCUUUAUGACUGAAUACAACAAGAAACAGUCCACUUUUAUACCAGUAGUCAGUGGAUGUUCACGCAAGUAGUAGCAUGCCUGUGCGUGUUAACCUAGCACUUCUCUCCAUCACUGAAAAUAAAGGGCUUAACGGGCACAAAACCUCUAUGUGAGGAGAUGACAGAAUUUCCCUCUGGAUCCCCUGAUGCCAUCUCUGAGCGCUGAAUCAACUAAGAUAUAUAUUUACACCCUUUGAUGACUCUAGCAGUAUGGGUGAUUAAACAUGGAGUCAUUAGUCACCAUAAGUUUAAAUGCUCUUAAAGUCAGAUGGCUGACACUCCCCAAAGAACAUUCUCCGAGCAUAGUCACUCACUACAGCUGGCUCCCUUCACCCAGGUGCCAUCUGUCCACCCAGUCCAAGAAUUAUCAAACAAUUUUCUGCCUCUUUCCUCAAUCUCUCAAAUCCCGUCUAUCCAUCGAGUACCCUCAGAAUUCAGCAGUGAGGCUGUUUGAAUGUGCAAGUGCUUUUUGUACAUAGUGUGCACACUCAUGUUUGCCAAAAGAAGCUUUUUUUGGAAGUAGCAUCACAGCCUUGACAGCAGGAGAGCAUCAUAGACAAAAAACAGUUUGCUUUUUUUUAUGUAGUCUCUCUUUGAACUUUCAAGUGGGAAUGCUGGGUAUUUUUAGGGGGAAUAUAUUUCGAUGGCUUUCCAGGACUUUGCUGAGAAGGCCUGUAUUUCACUGUGAGACUAUAGCACCACCUAGUGGUCAAAAAGGACCCAAACCAACAAGAUUGGUCUGUUGAGAGUUUUUAGUCAGGAAAUGACAGAUACCCUGAUGAACAGCCAUGAAAGAAGAUCAGGAUUUUAUUACUCUUUUCAAUCUUUUAGCCAGAUUGGACACUCCCCAACUCGAGUAGAAUCCUCUCAAUGCUCCACACCGCUGACAAAGAAAACAAAAAGAAUCGCUAAUGUAGCUCCUCGAAACUCCUUCCAAAGAGUCAUCAACGACAGGAAACCAUCAGGUGUGAAAUGAUAGAAAUUAAGGAACUUGAUAGAGUUGGUAAAUAAACUGAGAUUAAGUAACACUUGUUGUGAAUGGAAUUAUACUGUCAUUUGCUGCACCAUGUUUCCCUUUCCUUCUUUAUUUAUUUCUUGAAAUCAUCCUUCACUGAAGUGUAGCAUGAUUUUAAAAGCUUUGAAGGGGUCUCAUUACACGUUUUAUGUCAAAGCAGAUAUUUCUAACUGAAGUAUUUUGUAUGGAUGGUGCGUAUAGGCCUGUAUGCGUGUGUGCAAUGUGAAUAUAAGUGCUGUUUGACAAGCGAUGAAGGCCAAUGAAUUCAAAAAAGUCCAAAUCAGCCAUUUUAAAGACAGAAGUAUAAAAAUGUUAUAGCAUGACCAGUUUUUUUUCUUACAUUUGGACAGAUGUGUUGGCGAAAUGGGAUAUUUUAAUGGAGAUGUAUAUUUUAUAAUAUAAUCUACAUUUCUAGAUUAGUAGAGACUAUUGAGUACAGUUUAUGUACAAAAAAAGCAUAUAUCAAAUGUGAAAUACUACAGUAUUAUUAUGAUAGAUUAUAGCAUUGUGUGAUACACAGCUGUGUGGCAUAUCCAGACUCAGUACAUGUGAAAAAAUAAUUAUCUUUAGUUUGUGAGUGCUGCGUCAGGUUCACAGGGUAAAUCAACUGGCAAGAGUGAUGAUUGCCGAGUAUGAUCCUCCUUAGGCCUACUGUAUAUCUGUGUGUGGUUCUAACAUAUACUUCUGUACCCGCUGAACCUGUAUUUUCUCUUUAGAACCAACUACAUGUGCCUAACCAGCUAUAUGUGAGGUUUCCUUUGAACACAGUUUACAGUAUAUAUAUAAAUAUAGAAAGAUAUGUAAUAGAAAAGUAUAAAAUCUUCAGAGAAUAUUGUUAAAGACAAUGUUUUUAUUGUAAUAACAUGCCACUCUUUGUCUCCCUCACUCACACUUGCAAUACACACAUAUGACUGGAAGAAUUUGUUGGUGUUAAUACUGCAUGUUUAUGUCAAACUCCUUAAAAAAAAUUAGCAGAAUCUCAUUUUUGACUGAAAGAAAAGCAAAUUUUGUAGCUUACAAACUUUUUGUGAUUGAAAAAAAUUUGACCAUCUUUACAGUGCAGUCACUUCUUUGUACAAAGAUUCUACCCUUUGAGGACCAAUGAUACUGGCAACCUUGAAACAGCAAUCGAUGUUCAGAUUUGGAACUCAACGGAUCAUUUGGCCACCUCCAUGUUAAACAAGCUGCCCUGACAAUGAUACAAAAGGGCUGAGAAUCAGACGCCAUGUUUUAAUCAUUAGUAGAAGUGUGGGUUGCAGAGCAGCCUCUUUUAUUCCCUCAUCCUUCUCCCGUUACCCUCAAACUUGACAGCAUCUCGACAGUUCUUGACACAGCCCUCAUCCAACAAAGCACAAAGACCUGCUGUUAUACUGUUACUCCACUGUGAAGGCCUCUCGAACUCCACCCUCACAAUCCUCAAACCUACACCUACACGCAGAGGGGUGGCAAGCUCUUUCCAUUACAAGUCGGCCUUGAGAGACUCCAGGAUUCAAAGAGGCUUUGUCGGACCUUGAUCCACCGUCGCAACUUCUUCUUCUCAGACUUUCUCCUCUAUACUUUUAAUUACAAGUUGAGGUGUUAGCCAGCCACCUUGCCUUGAACCAGGUCCAUUGCAAACACAACUUUUGGUAUCCAUACUCUGUUCUGGAUUUUACCCAUCCAUCUGCAUUUUCCUCCACAGUCUAAAUACUGGAGCCUCAGCUCGAUAUUGCACCUGGCUGUAAAGUUGUAUGAACAUCUGAGCACCCACCACCAUUUAAGAUAAACUACUUUACGAAUCCUUCCACCUUUUCUAGAAGUGCAAAAAACCCCGUGUGGACAGCCAGAUGGACAAGUCCAACUCCGAGUACCUCAGUUUCUAGCAGCAGUGUCUCCAACCCUGAUCUGGGCCUCUGUCCUCAGGGGAUUAUAUUCACUCUACAGAAAGCGACAGAUCCUGAAAUACAGGACUGGAACUGCAGGAAUGUUGUUCAUAUUCUCUGAAUGAAAGUGGAAAUCAUAUGAGCCCAGAUUCUCUAGUAGCCAUUUUCUAAGAAACAGAGAUUAGCAGUGAAAAAGUGGUGGUGAAAGAGUUCAAUUGUAGCCAAUGUGUGUGAGUUGUAAACUUUGCAUUUGCAACAAUGUGGAGUGGAAUAGAUGCUGUAGCAGAAAAUUUGAGAUUUAGUUAUACAGAUAGUCUGAGAGUCGGAGCUGCUCUCGAGAAAAGCACUGGUGGAGUUAAACCUCAGCGGGAGAGCCAAGGAGCUGGUUAGCUCUGGUUCAGUGACUCUAGCUAUUAGCUGUGUCUGCUAUCUCAUGUUGUAUUUCUCCCAACAAUGUUAAAACCAUGUUUAUUCCUGUCAAAAUACCAGGAAUAACCAUGUACUUUUCAGAAAUUGUUUGUCAUUGACCAUACAAUCACCCUUUGAUCUAGCAGUUAUGUUCUGUUUAUAACUGCAUAGCAAAAAAAAGAAGGUGACAUGUUACGUUAGCUUGAUGUAACACACAACUCUGAUAGAGCAAUAAAAGAUUAUAAACACAACAGUGAGGCUGAUAUUUCCGUUAGACAGAGCUGGACUACAUGAAAGGUGUUGAUUCCGUUAAAAUCCUUUGUAUUGGUUAGCAAUUUGGCAUAUUGUUGAAAUGAUUAGUUUAACAGUGAAUCAAUCAAUUUUUUAUCUACACACAAAUCCUACAAAAGUAAUUGGAGGUCACAUAAAGAGCGAGCUAUACUGUUAUCUUUGUUGCAAAAAUGUGUGAGCCCCAACAUUACUCCAUCAAUUCAUUAACUUUCAGUCAAGCUAGCAAGAGGCACAGUGACAGAGGUGAGGUGAGACUUUAGCCUCAAGGCUAACAGCUACAAUGUGCAAGCUAGUCAGCCAGGCCCCUAAUUAUGGAAAACAUGUAACCUUAAUAUCAAAACUGUUAAGAAUAUUGUAACAUUGGGAGUAAAUCAGAGGUCCGCUACACUACACUACUAAAUAGAAAAGGAUAAAACAAAUGCUAACAAAAGAUUGGCUAUCACUGAAAAUGGUUCUCCUCUCAAGGGUUUACUUCCCUCUGCUUCAAGAGCAGCUCAAACCUCAGAAGAUGACUCGUAUGUAUGUAUGUAUGUAUGUAUGUAUGUAUGUAUGCAUGUGUGUGUGUGUGUGUGUGUGUGUGUGUGUGUGUGUGCACGCACCUAUGCGUGUGUGUGUGUGUGUAUGUGUGUAUUAACACUAUAUAUAAUGAUGCUUUACAAUACACACAGGUAACCAUGUGGGUCAGAGACAACUGAGCAAUUACUGUGUAAUUAAGAAAAAUAAUACCCUGCCACUCUCGAGUUUACAAAAUGUAAAUACCUGUUGCCAGUGGACAUUGCUCUUCUCAAUAUUACAUAUAUUCUUACUACAAUAUGAUUAUUAGUAGUACGAUUGUCAUUGAAGGAUUAAUUAUUACCAUCACUCUCAUUAUUAGAAAUGAUGUUGUCAGUAAUAGCUUUGGGUAAACAUUGUUCUGUAUUCAAGGUUGAGUCGUGUGUACAAGAACAAAAAACUGAGUUACAUCAAUGAUGACAAGUCUUAAAACGCUGCUACUACAGAGAUGGAGUAGAAGACGAGCACGCUGACAAUAACUCUGGGAGGACAUUUUUCUCUGGGAUCAAUGACGGACACUCACAAUGAGGAGUGGAGAUCACCUUAAGGGGAAAGCAUUGAACAGAGGGACUGAAUGGAUGAUCCGAACAUAAGACCUUUGCAUUUAUUCCGCUCUGAACUCUCAGUUCUGCCAGAGGAGGAAGACUACAUGGACAUCAAACUGAUACAAACUUCUCUCUCCUUAUUCUACUCUAUAAUGUAGCAAAACCUAUUUAGUCCCUCGUCCCACUUCUCUCCGCCACUCUUUCUCUUCCAUCUCUUCCUCAUAUUUCUCACUGAACACCAUGAUUUUCAAUCAGACGGGUUUGAUACAGAUGAGCUUUUCUGUCUUUAAGCUCAGCUUUAUUCUUGAGUUCUCUUGUUUUAUACAUUUGAUUCAGUGCCAAGACAACAUACUGUACAUACAAACAUGAAAUGCUUUUGUUUUUCUCCUUUAAGAAGAACUGACUGGGGCAAAUAGCAAUAGCAAUGCCAUAAGAUUGAACUUUGUUUUCAUAUUGCCACCAGUGGAUACACAAGAUGCAUGACUGCAGAGGAGGGUGUUGCACAGUGAAGUGUAAAUCAUGAUUCUGUUUGUUGUGUGUGGUUCUCAUUCUGUAUAUACAAAUUUAUUUAUUGAUCUUGUAUGUUUUCUGGAUCUAGAUGUGUCAAAGGAGCACGUCUGAUAGAGCUGAAGCCCAGAGAGAUGGCACACUGUGACGUGGUUUACCCCAACACAGAAUGUAACACUGUCAACGUUGUCAAAACAUUUUCUAAUGGCUAAUAUAUUACUAUUAUAUGAUUAUUAUAAAGCUAUUUUAGCGAGUU